UUUACUAAUUUCGAUGAAAAAAAUAUAUUUGGCGGCAAUUAAAUUAUUAUUGUUGAUUAAUUGCCACUAAAAAUUAGUUUUUUUACAUAGUAAAAGUCUCAUUUUUACUUUUUAAUGUAUCUUUAAUUUUAUUCAAGUCUAUAUAAUGAUGUCUUCUUCUUUUAUUCAUCGAUUUUCAUCCGGUGUUCAAUAUCCACAUUAGAGUCUAACUAAAUCUGAAUUUACAUCGAAGGUCUCACUGGAGUCUGACUAAAUUUGGAUUUGCAUCAGAAGUCCCACAUUGGUGGGUGUAAAAGCACUCCCUAAGAAAGGGGAUUCCCCACAUCCAAAGGGAUUCAAACCCGAAAUCUCUUAAUUAAGAAUAAAGCAGUACUUACCAUUCCACAACGACAUUUUAUGAUAGUAAAUAUAGUUGCCAUAAUUCAUGUAGAUAUAAGAAAUUUAGUGACUAAUUAAAUAUUCUUUUACUAAUUUUUAAUUUUUUUAUAAAUAAAAGGUAUUUUUGAAAGCUUGGAAGGAUGCAUGCAAAUGGAAUGGAGAAGCUACAUUUUUGAUACCUCUAGGAACAUAUAUGAUAUAUGGUGUAACUUUUUUUGGACCAUGCAAAGGAUCCUUAAUUGUUAAAAUUCAAGGAGUUAUUAAAGCUUCAACAAAUCCUAAUAUAUUUUGCAAGGGUUCUUGGAUUUCUUUUGAACAUAUAAAUAACUUAGAGAUUAAAGGUGGUGGAACUUUAGAUGGUGAAGGAGCUUCUGCUUGGGGACAAUCUCAAUGUGCAACUCGUCCUUAUACUAUUGGAUUGAGUUCUAUCCAAAAUGCAAUUGUGCAUGGUAUACACUCUAUCAAUAGCAAGAUGUUCCAUUUUGAUAUCUAUAAUUCCAAUAACGUGACAUUAAGUCAUGUACAUAUAAUUGCACCAAGUGAUAGUCCCAACACUGAUGGAAUUCACAUUAGUUUAUCGUCGAAUAUUCGAGUUUUCGAUUCGAAUAUUGGUACUGGAGAUGAUUGUAUAUCUAUAUUUGCUGGAAGUCAAAAUGUUAAUAUUUCUAGAGUCACAUGUGGUCCUGGCCAUGGAAUAAGCAUUGGAAGCUUAGGGAAUAAACCAAAUGAAGUUGUUAAAGAUGUACAUGUGAAAAAUUGUACUCUUAUUGCUACUCAAAAUGGAAUGAGGAUUAAGACUUGGGCAUCAUCAAAUGUUGGUGCAGCUACAAAUAUAUAUUUUGAGGAUAUUCUAAUGGACAAGGUGGAUAAUCCUAUUAUUAUUGAUCAAUAUUAUUGUCCUUCACAUACUUGCAAUAUUAAGAAAAGCUUAGUGCAAAUCAAGGGUGUGACAUUCAACAACAUAAGAGGAACUUCAAGUUCAUUGGUGGCAGUGAAUUUUAAUUGCAGUUCUUCAUUAUCUUGUCAAAAAAUUAAUCUUAAUGAUAUUGAUUUGAUUAAUUAUAAUACUAAACCUACAAUUGCAUCGUGUGCUAAUGCCAUUGGACACGCCACCGGCAUCGAGUUACCUCCGAGUUGCUUAAAGUCUGUUCUUGAAUCUUAAACUUAGGGUUAUUUGAAUUUCAAUAA